AUGGCAUUGACAAAAAUUCAAGCAACUGACACAGUUUUGCCCAUCAUCCCCUUCACUAGUGUGCACCACUUGCCUAUUGCAUUUGACUCCAGUGAGCGGCAAUGCUGGAUUCCUGGGCGGCCAGUGACGGUGAAGAUAACCAGCUAUGACAGACAGACCCAUCCACGGAGACUCAACCCCAACCUGUACACAAUUGAGGUCUCGCACGAUGAAUUUAAGUGGACCAUACGGCGUCGUUACAAACAUUUUAGUGAUUUACACUCAGAGUUAACAAAAUUUCGUCGUCUUCACAGUAUUCCUUUGCCAACAAAAGAACACCGUCAAACGAGGAUGAGUCUCAGAGAACACAAACGGGAAGUGUCCAAAUUUCCAACCAAAUUGGAGAUCCGAGUUAACGAGGAAGAUAUCCCCGCCAGAAUGAAACAAUUAGAAGAUUACUUGAACACUAUGCUGAAGUGUGCUGUGUAUAGGAAUCACCAUGAAACAGUGAAGUUUUUUGGUGUGAGCCACCUGUCUUUCGUGAAGCAGCUAGGGAAGAAAGGCUACGAGUCCAUGGUGAAGAAAUGCUCAGGUGGGCGCAGGAUCAACCUGGGCUGCUGCGCCUGUCUUCGUCAGUGUCAUUUAGCUGGACGCUGGAGCAAAAAGUGGAUGAUGGUGAAGGACAGUUUUGUGACGUACCUGGACCCGGACUCGGGACGUAUCUGUGACGUUAUGCUGUUUGACAAUCACUUUCACGUGGAGUGUGGCUUUGAGGACACAGGGGCCAGGCAUGGUGUGUGCGUAACAAACCUGUCAAGGCGGUUGCUGUUGAAAUGCUGGACAUCCAGAAAGUCACGAGAAUGGAUGCAACACUUGCAGGAAGCAGCCAACACAACGGGCAAAGAUUUCACUGAGCCAAACCAACAUGGGAGUUUUGCCCCCGUGAGAGAGGAGAGUUACACCAGAUGGUUUAUAGAUGGGGCCACAUAUUUCUCUGCUGUAGCUGAUGCUUUAGAAAUGGCAAAAGAGGAAAUAUUUAUAACUGAUUGGUGGUUAAGUCCAGAAAUCUACCUCAAACGUCCAGUCACUGAAGGAGACAAAUGGAGGUUAGACAUGGUGCUAAAACGCAAAGCUGACCAAGGUGUGAAGGUGUUUAUCCUGCUGUACAAAGAGGUGGAACUGGCUCUGGGACUGAAUAGCUUGUACAGUAAACGCACGCUCUGUAGUCACAGUGACAACAUCAAGGUAUUACGCCAUCCUGACCAUGUCACUAAAGGUGUGUUGCUGUGGGCUCAUCAUGAGAAGAUCGUAGUCAUUGAUCAAACCAUAGCCUUUGUCAGCGGCAUUGAUCUGUGUUACGGCCGCUGGGAUGAUGAUCAGCACAGGCUAGCAGAUCUUGGGUCAAUUGUGCUGGAUGGCUUGCCCAACGGUGGUAUGGCUGAGAGUAUGACAGUGGGAGUGUCAGAAACUGAGGGAACAAAGACGGUGACAUUCUUGUCGAAGGAUGAGGUAGAUACUGUGGCUAAGUUGGACAACAACUGUAACAUGGAGGAAGCAAAAAAUGCAGCUGAGGCCACAGCAGCCACCUCGGCCGACACGACAAUUACUGACAAUGUGGAUGUAGUAGAUAAUGCAGCCAACGAUGACAGCACAAGCGAUGUUGACAAUGCAGCCAAAGUGGACAAUGCAGACAACGUAGCUAAAAAGAACAACACUGACAAUGCAGCUGACAUGGACAGUACUGAUAAUGCUACCCAUGCUGCCAACCCAGGCCAGGUGAAUGUAACUGUUGUGGUGCAUCCCCCAGAUGAUGAUGAUCCGCCAGACAGUGAUGAAGAAAUCCAAAAGAACCCUGCGGCCAAACAAACAGACAGUGAACAAACCAGCAACACUGACAAAAAAGAUGAAGAAACCAAAAUGAAGAAAAAAGUAAUAGGGAAAUUGCGACACAAUUUUUUCAGUAAACGCAUGAACAAGUCAGAAGAAGCUCUGGCGGGUGGAGUCGAUGAGGACCCUUCUCACGAAGGGGCGCAUAACUCCGACAAGGACUACAAGCGAGAACAAUCGAACGAAAGUAAGAAUAGUAGAACAUCAGACACUGAGCGACCCAGGUUAAGAGAUCUGUGGAAAAAGGCAGGCCAGAAGAGCAAAGAUGGAGAAUCCAGCCCAGGAGAUGGUGGCAUUGAUGAAGUGGACUCAUUGGGAAAGUUCCGAGCACUUGUUCACGCCGUUAAAGCAAGUCGGUCGGCAAAGCGAUGGACAAAGACAGGAGACAUGGUGGAAGUCCCCAAAGAACUGUUCCUUAAGCCCACUUCGCCAGAGGCACAGAAAAGGCCUAAAAGAUCUACUAUAAAGAAUCUCCGUGAUAAGGUUCAUAGACGGGGACGUCAAAACUACAAUGUGAAUUAUUUAAAUGCGCUGGAACUUCCACCUGAUCUCUACAGAACAUCCAGCCAACAAGAGUUUGAAGAACUUGGCCUUGAAGGGACAUCCAAACUCUGGCUUGGGAAAGAUUAUGUCAACUUUAUAUUCAAAGAUUUUGAAAAUCUGCACCAACCAUUUACAGAUUUUAUUGACCGCACAAAAACUCCCAGAAUGCCAUGGCAUGAUAUAGGAUCUGUUGUGUAUGGAAAAGCUGCUCGAGAUACUGCCAGACAUUUCAUUUGUCGAUGGAAUACAGUCAAGUUGGAGAAGGCCAAGUACAAUGAGAAGUACCCGUUCCUGCUGCCUAAGUGUUACGACGACAUUCCUGUCCCACACUCCAUCAAAAACAUCACCUUCAAUACCAACUCACAGAUUUUGAGAAGCAGUGGUAAAUGGUCAGCUGGGUUGUCAGAGACAGAAUGCUCCAUCCACAACGCUUACAUCGAUCUCAUCGGCAAAGCUGAACAUUUUAUAUAUAUUGAGAACCAGUUUUUCAUUUCACCAAUCGAACACCCAGAUGUGAAGAAUGGAAUUGGUAAUGCCUUGUUUCACAGGAUUAUGAAAGCUCAUCGUGCUGGUGAGAAGUUCCGUGUGUAUGUAGUUAUGCCACUUCUGCCAGGCUUUGAGGGGGCAUUUGGAACAGCCACUGGCACGGCCAUUCAGGCUGUCACACACUGGAAUUACAUGUCCAUGUUCAGGGGCCCCUAUGCCAUCUACACCAAACUCUGUGCCCAAGGAGUUCGGGACCCCAUGCAGUACAUAUCUUUCUACGGUCUGAGGACGCACAGCGAACUGGUGGGAGAAUUGGUGACCGAGCUUAUUUAUGUCCAUUGUAAACUGAUGAUUGUUGAUGACAAUAAGGUCAUCAUAGGGUCAGCCAAUGUGAAUGACAGGAGCAUGUUGGGAAAUCGUGACAGCGAGGUGGCCAUUUUGGUGGAGGACAAACACAAAUUUGAGGUGAUGUUCGGGGGGAAGUCUCAUCAGGCUGGAUACUUUGCUUCAUCGUUAAGGCGUACUUUGUUCAGGGAACACCUUGGCAUAGAGCGUGGUGAUAUGCAAGCUGAUGUCUCUGACCCUGUAAGUGACGAAUUCUUCAAGGAGAUUUGGAUUAAACAGGCCAGCGUUAACACAUUUGUGUUUGAAAAGGUGUUCAAUUGCAUACCGACAGACUCUGUGGUGAAGUUUGCCGAGCUGCACCAGUACUGCAAGAAAACACCCCUGGCCAGACUAAACCCUGACGAGGCAAGGGAACAUUUGAAGAAGGUCAAAGGUCAUUUGGUGCUAAUGCCGGCGUCUUUCCUCUGCGGUGAGGACUUGACCCCUCAGCCAGGAACGAAAGAGGCCCUGCUUCCUGUCUCCUUGUGGACGUGAGGAGAUGACUUCAGUAGUACUGCUGGAUUCUGAGUGCAUUGAUUUUGUGGUGCUGGAUUGAACAGACUAGUCAGUCAGGAUUGAUGCGGUACCUAAAGGAUGUAUCUGUAGGAUUCAUGUGCAUCAGCAGGAUUCAUCUGUAGAAUGCUUGUACAUGGGCAGGAUGUAUCUGUAGGAUGAAUGUACAUGGGCAGGAUGUAUAUGCAUGGGCAGGAUGUAUCAGGCAGGCUAUCUGCAGGGUGCAUAUACAUGGGCAGGAUGUCUGCAGGGUGCAUAUACAUGGGCAGGAUGUCUGAAGGGUGCAUGUACAUGCACAAGAUGUCUGCAGGAUGCAUGUACAUGAGCAAGAUGUGUCUGUUUAAAGAUACCUGCAUAUUCAUGGGUAGGAGAUGUGUCUGCAGGAUGGAUGUAUACCCACACAGGAUGUGUCAGUAGGAUGCAUGUAAAUGGGCAGGAUGCCUGCAGGAGGCUUUGUACACAUAGAAUGUGCCUGUAGGAUACAUGUGCAACUGCAGAAUUUGAUUAUUGGAUACUUUCAUGUGGUGACUAUAGUAACAUGCAUGUAUCUAUGUGGAUUCUUGUAAGACAUGCUGAGAUGAAGGGCAACUCUUCUGCAGUGUGAAGUCUUGUAAUUGACCUAUAAUAGCCUGUAUACAGACGUCACAUUCUUCCACAAUGACACCACACUCUAACAUUAAGGUAUUUUUGCACUCCCACAUUAAGACAUGUACAUGUUACAACCUAAAUGUUCACAUCACACAACAUAAUCACAUCUCCACCUUUUCUGCAGUACUUUCACAAGUUGACUUUUAAUCAUUUGUUUACCCACAGCAACAACAACAACCAUAUCCUGUCCAGAUGCUGUCAUGGUGAGAUAUUUUUGUGAAGGAGUAUAUCAGGAAUCAAAUGGGGCUGAAUUCUUGUUAAUCUGCGCGUGAGUGAUUUGCAAUUUUUCGUGCGACAUUAAGACUCAAAGCGUUAGAAUGAUGCUCUUCAGAGCCACAUAGGCCUACUGUACAUGUAGGUGUGUAUUUUUAACAUGGCUGUGAGCCUGCUGUAGUGUUGUAAUGGGCUUAUUGCUGCUGUCAUUGGUUGAGGUAUUAUUCAUUUUAAUGGUAUUAUGUUGUUAUCACUUUGUUACAGUAUCUUACUGUACUAUUACACACAGUACCGUAUGGCAUUGCACAUUGUAGAAGUGUCCUGUAAAAGCAUGCUUAACUUAUGUAUGUUUUUGUUUACCCAUUUGUGUAGCUGAUUAUUAGCAUCUGUUUGAGAAAGGAAAGUGUCCUGAAAUUUAGGGGCAGGGAGGGGGGGAUUCGAAAUUGGCCAAUAAAGGAAAAUGUGCAAUUGCUUACCCAUGAUGAGUCCAGAAGUAUGGAUAUUUUUAAUAAUGCAUGCAAAUGUUAAAAAAAUUGGUUGUGCUUUUUGAUGAAGUGACUAUGCAGAUUUGUUCAGGAGAGAAAUUAUGUGUUGUGCUGCAUGUGUGGUUUUAUAUUCACUGUUUGGAGUCAGAUUAGGAAGUACAUUAAUUAAUGUACCUGUACAAAGUGUUCUGUGUUUCUAAGUUGUGGCAGCAAGCUUUUUAUCCUAUGUUGUGAAUUUCACAAAAUUUUAAGCUGAAAAUAGCAAAAUGUUGAUAAGGUGACACAAUGUUGGAGAUUAAGUGAGAACUUGAUGGCAGGAUUUUUUUGUAGGGAAAAUGCUUGACUGUAGUUCGAGAAUUGUAUGGAUUGUGUUACUUAGGCUGUGGUGGCAAAUUUGAUAGUGGGAUUCAUAUCUGAUUCAGAAAGCAGAAUUGAAGCAAUUAACUUGUUAACAAAAUAGUCAUGAUUAUGUCAUUCUCAAACAGAAAGUAGCCUACUGUGCACUGAUAGCAAACUGAUAGGGAUUAUGAUGGGCCUCAAAAUACAUGGCUCUGCAAACAAAUACAUAGACACACAAAUAUCCAUAGGAAAAUACAAGAACACUCGACUGCCUUGCAUGCUCUCACAAGGUACAAGGCAUGUGCCCCCAAUAAUCAUGAUCAAAGAUUACCUUCCUGAACAACAACAACAACACCGUCGUUCCAUAGAGCUGCUUGUCACUGCUAAAAAGUUCCGAUGUAAAAAAAUGAUAGAACGCGUCUGCCUUGCUUGAUAUUCUUAGUAUUCAGACUGAAUUUUCAAACAGUGGUGUUCUUAUUAAGCAAAUAUGUAUAUAUAUAUGUAGGCCUAUAUAUAUAGUGUCCGUAGAUGAACAUGAAUCUUCUCUUUUACCGCAGUGUGACAAAUUUACAGUUGCAUGCCAUAUAAAACACAUGAACUGAAUAUAAUUCAGAGUUGAAAAUUUUUCAAAAAAACAGCUCAAUUCAGAACGAUAUGUAUUGUGUACACCUUUGUACAGAAAUCCAUUCACAGACGUUGUCUUGCAUCACAUCAGGUCAUAAUAAUGAAACAGAUAUAAUACAUGAAACAUUGAAUUUGUAUUGAUAGGCAGCUGAAUCAUGUUAAAGUAAUUAUAAAAAAUAAUCUAUUUAAUAUUCACAGUAAUCAUGCUCAUGCUUUUGCUCAUGGUCCUAUAAAUCUGAGGAAAAACCAUCAGGGAAUAUAUGAAGUUUAACCGAAUCACAAGUGUAGAUUGGGUCAAGACCAUGGCUCUAGUGAGAUUUGAACCGUCAUCUUCAGCCUAAUCUCAAUGCUACCAAAGGAAUUAUUAUUACCAGUACCCUAUUUCACCUAAAAUUUAGAUUUUUCCAAGUGACACAUUCUGCUUGAUUCUGAUCAAUUCGUCCACCUUAUAUGACCAAUUAUAUAUGAGUUUUAUGUGAAGUUUGAUUAAUUUCAUAGAAAAACUUGAGUGUUGCAUAAAAUGUAUCGAUUAAAGACCUUUCUAUGAUUCAGAAAGUACAUUUUACAUAGCAGACUUUAGGUGGAAUAUAGUACAGCCAACGUCUUGACCUGUAGGUGUAGCAUUUGGUUAUUUAUUUAUGUAUCUGAUUGGUGUUUUACACUAUAGUCAAGAAUAUUUCACUUAUACGACGGUGGCCAGCAUUAUAGUGGAAGGAAACCAGGCACAUCCCGGGGUCAACCCAUGACCAUCUUCAGGUUUGUAGCAUUUGUACUUGAGUCUUCUGAGAAUUGUCACUUGGUACAGUACAUGCGCAUAUAGUUCACUAACACUGCAUAACUAUAGGCCCAUCAUUCCAGGCAAUGUGAUCAUAUAUUUCUGCAUGUCACCAAACUGUCUGUCUAUAUGUUUGUCUGCUCAUAUGUGUCAUUUUUCAGGCUCUUGUUGAGAGAGGUGGGUUGGUGGCGGGGGUGUUUGGGGGAGUUUGAGUCUGUGGGACAAGUUUUUGUUGUUCUCUCAAUCUUUUUUAUGUGAUUGUUUAAAAUUUUUAUCCUUCUAAUUAUUUACAUUUUAUACUGGUGACUUUUUGUACAUAAUCACAAUUGUACCUGACAUUCUAUGUUGUCAUCAUCACCAUUUUCAGGCUGAAGGGAUUUAAAUGGGUUUUUAGUAAUAGUCCGUUAUCUGUCUUCCUCUCCUCCAUUUUUAAUACAGCCAUGGUAUUAGAUUUGGUUAAAAAACUCUUUAAUUGGAAGUCAGCAUGAUCUCUGCACCGCCUCAGUUUUGUAAUUAUUAUAACCAUGGUUACUGACAAUGAAGUAAUUCAUGCUACUACAUGUAUAAUACUGACUUGGCCAUGCUGUUAGUGACUGAUGACCUGUGUUGCCAUGGUGAUGCUGAUCUGAACUGACAACCUGUGUUGCCAUGGUGAUGCUGAUCUGAACUGACAACCUGUGUUGCCAUGGUGAUGCUGAUCUGAACUGACAACCUGUGUUGCCAUGAUCAUGCAUGGACUGUUGCCAUGAUCAUGCUUUUGUGGACUGACUACCUCUGUUGCCAUGAUACAAGUAUGAAAUGAUAACCUGUGUUGCCAUGGCUAUGCUGUUAUGAACUGAUAAGCGGACUCCUUUUAAAUCAGAUCUAGUAUGUAAAUGUCUUUAUGUAGCCGAAGUUUGAAAGUUAAUUUGAUGGUGCUGAUCUGUUUGGUGUCAUUGUAGUUAUACAUUACAUGUAGGUUAAACAUGUAUACCCUAAAAAAUGACCUCAAAUUUAGUCCACAAAGUGCAUUUUUAGAGGCAAAUAAAUGUCUCAAAAUAUAAUUUUUGGUGCUGGAACUUACAAUUUUUCAGUAGAAUAUCAUCCCAUGUUUCAAGAAAACCUGAAAAACACCUUUCUAAAAAUCGGUAGAACUGUCAGAAUCAGGACAAAUGUGCAAGUUAUUCAUGGACGAAAUUUGUGGUCAUUAAGGCUAUUUAAUCUAUGUUCAUAUUCAGAUUUUGUUUUUUUAUAGUUUACACAAUUGCAGGGCAUUCCCUAUUUCUACAUUAUAGAUUUUAGAAAAUGGUUUUAUAAUUCCAUCGCAAAACUUUGUCAAUUAGAUCUUGUGCAUAAGAGCAGUGAACUUGUUUGGUUUUUCCCAUGUACCGGGUAAAAUAUUUGUGUGCAUUAUUUGUACACAUUCUUGUCAGAUCUGUGAUUUUAUUUGUCCUAAUUAAUGCUUAUCUUUCCCCGGGUGAUGUCUUUCACUUGUCUGCUACAUGCACAUGCUUUUUUUACCUUCUGAUGUGACAAUUUUAUGACAUGACAUGCUGGUGUACACUUAAUCUUUGGCCUAUAAGCAUUUGUAGCCAGGACAUACAAAACUGAAUCAAAUCAUAAAACCAAAAAAAAAACUUCUUUUUUUUUUUGUAUAUCAUAGGGUGUAAUAAUUAUGGUGUGUGAAUGUGAAUAUUGGAUUACUCAGUAUAAAAUAUAGGUUAGGGAGUGUUGUAUUAUUCUAGGUAAAUUAUUUUUCUGAACAGGGAAAUGAAUAGUAGGGUUUUGUAUAUAAAAGAGGCCCAUUCUGAACAUGUAUUAAGUUCUGUAUUAACUGAGAUUUAUAGAACAGAUAUUUUAGUCCCAGGUAUUAGUAAGGAGCCUUGUGAGGAAAAUACAGUGAUGAAAGAUGAAAAACUUCAGUGCAAAAAAUGUGCUCAGAUCAUUCUAUUUAAGCAUUAAAACAUCCCUUAGGAAGUCAAACUAUUAGCAGAAUAUGGUAAAUGACUAAGAAUCCCCCCCCCCCCCCCCAAAAAAAUGGUGCAUUUUUAGAGGCAAAUAUAUCAAAAGAUGCUUUUGGUGCAGAAGCUUACUUUUUGUUUUUUUUUUUGGGGGGGGGUAUGAUAUCAGUUUACCUGCUAAACGAACUUGGAAACACCUUUCUGAAAGUAAGAGAUUAUUACAGCGGGUACAGGUACUGUAGUUUGAACUGUAUACCACUUACACUUAAAUUUAUUUGUGAACAUUUUUCUACUGGUUCUUCCCUAAAGAACUUAAAACGUAUUACAAUUUCAGCCUUGCUAUUAAUUGUUAAAGCUAGUGGUACACAUUUUCAUAGCAGCGCUGCUGAUGUUGUCAUAGGCCUUUACUGUACUGGUACACAGUAGUCUGUAUGAUAACAAUGUACUUUUGUUUCAUAGUUAAAUGUGGACCUAGCAUUAUGAUAUGUUCAUACAUAUAUGGUGGCAGUCAGUAUGUAAAUGUACAUUUUUUUUUUUUUUUUUAUUUUGAAUGAAUUUUUAUCUUUUUAUUACUUCUUACAUUACUAUUAGUGCCCCAAUUCUUCUAAUUUUUGGGACAGAUAUUAAUAGUGUUGAAAGCAGAAUAUUACAUUUCUUUACCAGCCCUUUGGAAAAGCUAAGAUAUGAGUAUGUUGUUCAUUAGAUGGUCAAACCAUGUGAUAUAAGAGAAACUCAAUAUUCCUGCUACAGUUAUAUAUUGGGUGAAAUGAGCAGACUAGGUUUCUCAGAAUUAGAAGACAUAGGGUAGCACUGUUUGUGGUCACAGCGCUGUCUAUCUUGUUUACACAAAGAAGGUAAAGAUUCUUUUGGGGAGUCUCCAAAUGCUACUAUAAUGAAAUUGAAGUAAGUUCUUGGGCUGCAUGAACUAAUGAUGCCAGACCUUUAAGAAGUUAUUUCGUUUUGGUGAUACAGUCUAUUUUUGUAAUAUGUCCAAAUUUGACACUUCUUAGUUCCCAUGUAGAAUCAUGAUGGGAAUAAUUUUUUUUCUGAUUUGGGCAAAACCUGCAGGCACAGUUCAUUUUUGAUACCUAGCAUUAGUUAUUCAGUACUUAUAUGUAGGACAGAUUUUUGCAUUCACCUCUGCAUGCAGAUGUUGACUUUAAAAAGACAACUGCUUGGACUACUUUGAUAUAAGAUACAUCCUUCGCCUCAGAACUCGUGUGCUAUCUCGAGACAUUAAGCUGUUUUAUUACAUAUUAAGUGUGGUUUACUCGAGACGUGUAGGGUCGAGUUCAUUCAGUUUUCGUGUAGUUCUAGAACACCCACACAUUGUAGUAAUUUUACAUGGGAACCAAAUGGUGUAGUCUUUCGGUACGAGUAGAUUUUUCGUCAAUCAAUAUAAUGAUCUUCUGAAGAGUGUGAUAUAAUUGUACCAUAAAAAUAAAAGUUUA